AUGCUGGCGUCGUACGCGCUGGAGCUGCACGCGCUUAAGGCGGAGCUGCAGAGCACUCUGGCGCGUCUAGGCGUGGAUCCAAUCAGCUCCGUCGAUGACACACCAGCCAGCGUCCACCCACCCACAGCAAGACGCCCUCGACGUCGCCCUACGCGUUGGAACAGGCGCCGAUUGACGCAGGAAUUGGCUGCGGCUUCCCAGAGACGACAGGAGCUCGAGAGGCAACUACAGCAGGAAAUACAGCGACAGGAGGUUGAUGAACAACAAGAGAAUCAAAAUAACAGACACAGAACAGCGUGGCAGGCUGCGAUCACGGAGCUACAGCAGCAACGAGCCGAGAUAAUGCGCCAGAUUGAACAGGACACAGUAAAUGCUGUUGAUACAGCGCAAACUGAAGAAGUUCAGGAGACGAAGCAGAGACAGAUCGAGGCUUCUGGAUCUACCAUAACCAGCCAGGAGAAUCAGUACUCUAUUGGUGGAGUCGUGACUUUGGAACCGUUGUCCUCAUCACAACGAGGCCAAAUGUCGACCUUCACGAGCUCAAGGAGUGGCGUGUCAUUUCACCCUGUCACUCCCGCUCCUGCAUCUGCACCUACAGCAGCACAACCAUCAGUAUUGGAUAAUUAUCCGAGAUACCGAAAUACGCCGGACGCGUUGAAUGACGUGUUCUCGCUGCAACUGAAAUUUGCCGAGACGAUGUUAAAACUGGAAAAGUCAGUACAAAUGCGGGAUCAAUUGCUGCAUUAUGGAUCUUCCAGAACACGAACCAGAGAACAGCAUCGUCGUCAGCGUAAACGAUCUGAAAGUGGUUCCAACAGCGAUUCCAGUGUGAUGUACCGAGAAAAUCGCAGUGAAUCGUUCAGUUCAAGCGCAUACUCAUUCUCCUCACUAGACUCGACACCACACCGUCAAACCAUUCGAUAUCCGAACUUUGGAGUAUCAAGAGCGACCACAGCGGAAACGCUAGCACCUUCCUCAUUGGGUGCAGAGCAUUCGCCUGAAUCCGAGACGACUGAUAGAUAUGCAGCUACGAUGGCACCACCUCACGACUCUCCAGUCAAUAUUGAAGUCGUGGGUACUGUCGAGCGAGAAGAGAUCCACAGGACCCCUACAACCGGUAGCAACGUGACCACUCCGACUACCGGAAGUGACCAAAAAUCCAACACUUCGUCGUCGAAACAGGUCCGUUUUGGUGAGGAUGCUUAUUCCACUCCGAUACUUGCUCGAAAGUUCAACUUCGAUGGGCCAUCAAUGGAUGAAGACGAAGAGGAGAAGGAUGAAGUGGAGAGUAUGUUGAGCUUCCUUGGUGGUUCGAGUGUUACCAGUGCUGAGCUGAACGAUGCGUCUUUCCUCCGCGCUUUUGAGCGCUUCCGUCGCGAGUUGAACGUGUCUAGUAGACACAAUACAAUUCAAUCACCUCCAUUGGCGAGAAAACUUUUUCCAGCACAGAGUGAAAAUUGCCCUUCAAAUGCAAACGAAGCCGAUGUGUCGGAAGGAGAUCUCGGUACUAUUGGUGGAUCUACAUGUAAUGUUGACGCCAAGGUGUUUCCUGAGCUUGACGGAUUAAAUGCCGAAGAAUUGCAAGAGCGACGCAGACAGCUGUGCCUAGAUAUUCAAGCUGAGAGCGCUCAACUUGUGCUAAACUUUGGUGCAACGCAGAUCAGAUCACACGAUACAGAGCAAACAAAGAAUCGUUUGCUGACGUUGCGGGACGAGCUCAAAGCUGUCGACGCGCGGUUGAGUGCACUGUAA